GGUCGUACCCUGCGCGCCGAGGUUACCCUGUUAGAACGCCCUAUAUACAAACAAAUCGUCCGAAGGGACAACAGCGCUACAACCACGCAACACGCAAACGAACACCCGGUCGGCACACAGCACUACACAGUUGCGCAUCGGUAGUCGCUCGAGGCGGAAGUACCUCCAUCAGUGGUGUACCACUGCACAAUACAAUUAGUCAGUGAUCAACGCUCCUGCUGGAAAGGUGUGUGACACAACCGUGUGUGUUGAGUAAAAGUGAAAGAAAGUAAAAGAAAAAAAAACAAACCCAAGUGCAAAAAGGGUUUAAAAAUAUUAAAACGAAACGGUUUUUUUGAAUUUUAAAUCAGCAAAGCCCACGUGGUCGGCGCACACAUUUUGUGGUAAAUUAGCGUUUGUUCGGUGAGCUACAAAAAUGAAGUGUACUUUUAUUCACGGCAAGUGUAACAACGAUACACGGUCCAAGGUUAGCGGCGUUGUGAAUGUAAACGAGUGGUCUGUGUGUGCGUGUAAGCAUUAGCUGCAAGACGGUGAUCGUUACUGAUAAGCGAAAAUUGCACUCUGUUUGUGCAUUGCGUCAGUGUGUGUAAGAAAGUGGCACAAAUAUCGAAAAUAACCACUUAACUAAAACGCGCAAAAGCAAAAAAAAAACGAAAAAACAUAAAUCCAAGAACCAUCGUCAUCAUUUCCGCCAAAAGUGCAAAUAACAGCGAUUCUCUCGAUUGAUACAGCCAACAGCCUAUUGGCGUUUGCAGUGGCAAACAGUUUGCGCGUAUGUAACGUGCUGUAACACGGCCUACUGUGUCUGGGUGACGCUGUAAGAUCACGUUUUCUGAGUCGCGGUGCAUCGUGAGCUGGUGAAGUUUUUGUUGCUUUUUCUGUGUGUGUUUUUAAAGUGUGAUCAGAUCCGUGUCUCCCCGAUACGUGGUGGAAUAAUACCGUGUUUGAGUGAGCUUCUGCUGUGUGUGUGUACGUGUAGGAGGUGUCAUCAUUCGAAGCCUUCGACGAGGCACGACCAGCGACCACAGACAGUGACCGACGGUUGUGUGCGAAUGUGCAGUGCAGCAGAGUGCAACAGUUCUAACGUCAUCAGCGCCGAUUAGCUUUGAGUAGGGCGCUCUCUACCCUUGCAAACCAUCACCAUCACUAUCACUACACAUACGAAGCGCAAGAUCUGCCCUAGUGUGGCUGUGUGUUUGUGCAGCGGAAGCUAAUGAAGCAAGCGAUUUCAAUGGGUACGAAACCUCGCUUUCAUCAAACAGAUCCUCGUUCCCACACCACUACGCUCCGAACACAAACAAGUGAUCCUUCAAAGGAUACUUAGAGGGAGAAAGCUAACAGUUCCAAAAAAGCAGCCCAUUAAUCUUUCCGUUAACGUUUCUAUUGGUCUAAAUUUUCCGCCCUCCUUGCCUUUAAUCGUACAAGUGAGCUUUGACUAACGAUUAACGUACAAUCCUAUCCUUCCUACAAUCUCCCGCCCUACAUAUACUCCACAUUUCAUCCCUCAGUCUACUGCGAGGGCACCUAAACCGCUCCAUUCGGGCGUGCAGUACUGUCAGCCGUUGCACAGGGGGCAGCCAGCCUAGGUGAGAAAGCGAUGGAAUGGCUGCUGGCGAACCCGCAGAUCAACAGCACGUUCGGCUCGCUCGGCACGUUCGAGGACGAUGCGUACCACCUGAGCGAGGACUGUCUGGUAACGCUGGAGGAGAUCAUCUGUAAGCUGGCGGUGGAGGAUGCGACCCUGCGCACGUUUCGCCGGGCGAUCGGGUUUGGGCAGAACGUCAAGAACGACAUCGUGCCGCUGCUGGUGAACGCGAAGGAUGUGAAGAUCAUCGACACCACGAUCCGGCUGCUGGUAAAUCUGACCGUGCCGGUCGAGUGUCUGCUGCCGGUCGACCUCGUGUCCAAGUCGGAGAUCGGCCGGCACACGAUCUUCGAGCUGAACAAGCUGCUGAUCACCAGCAAGGAAGCGUUCGUCGACUGGAAGACGACCAAGGCGGUGAUCGACCACAUGAAGGGCAUCCUCGAGCGGGACACCAAGCUGUCGAUCCAGCAGUGCGACAGCGUCAACAACUGUCUGCUCCUGCUGCGCAACAUCCUGCACGUGCCGGAGAUGGGCACGGGGGCGGGCGGGCACGGGGGCAGCUGCUAUCCGACCGCCGGCCACAACACCUCCUUCCAGAACCAGAUCAUCUGGAACCUGUUCACGCAGAGCAUCGACAAGCUGCUGAUCUACCUGAUGUCCUGCCCGCAGCGGGCGUACUGGGGCGUCACGAUGGCGCAGCUGGUCGCGCUCAUGUACAAGGACCAGCACAUCAGCACGCUCCAGAAGCUGCUCAACCUGUGGUUCGAGUCGACGCUGUCGGAAAGCUCGGAGGACAACGAGAGCAACACGUCGCCGCCGAAGCAGUGCAGCGGGGACUCGAGCCCGAUGCUCACCUCCGACCCGACGUCCGACUCGUCCGACAAUGGCAGUGGCAAAAUGCCAUCGUCCAUGAGCAAGGAAUGUGCGUCCGAGGCGCCGCAGGUCACGCGCAUGGUUGCCGACUUCCCGACGCAGAUCAUACUCUCGCGCGCGAUCAAAUCCCACCAGAUGUACCACCAAACGCUGAAGGCGAACGCUGCAUCGAGCGACGGUUGCGUCCUGGGGGGCGGGACGACCUGUGGCAGUGCGAGUGCGAUUGGUGGCAAACCGUCCUGCAACGGGUCCGGGGCACAUCAGCAGCAGCAGCAUCAACAGCAGCAGCAGCAGCAGCUCUGUGACCACCAGAAGGCCACGGAACUGCAGGAAGUUAGCCGAAACUUUCCCAAAAAGUCCAAAGGUGGCGCAGGCGGCACCAAGUGUCACCAGGAUUCGUCCGGCAGCAGCUCGUCGUCGGGCGUGUUUUGCAAACAGUCGACCGCCAGCGGCAAAGAUCAAGCGAUGAAGGAGAGCAGCAAGCCGUCGAAUGGGCCACAAUCGUGUCCACAACAACAACAACAGCAGCAGCAACAACAACAGGUACAGUCACCUCCAAAGUCGCCCACACUGCAAUCCCAACAGCAGCAGCAGCAGCAGCAGCAGCAGCAACAACAGUCACAGACGCAGCAACAGCAAUCGCAACAACAAACGCAAAAGCAGAUCCAGGUGUCGCAGUCGGAAAAUUCCGACUGCGGUUACGGUACGCAGGUGGAGAAGGAAUCCAUUUCCACCUCCAGCAACGAAGACGACAGCCCGCACCAGAAGCCGGUCCACCAGAAGCCGCCCUCCAACCAGAAGCAGCGCUUCAACGCGGCCAACAAGCAGCGCAACCCGGUCUCGGUGCAGGAGAAGAAGGAGCUGCGCCGCAAGAAGCUGGUAAAACGGGGCAAGAGCAAUAUCAUCAACAUGAAGGGCCUAAUGCAUCAUGUGCCGACCGACGACGAUAUCUCGCACAUCCUGAAAGAGUUUACGGUCGACUUUCUGCUGAAAGGAUACGGUUAUCUGGUGCACGAGCUGCACACGCAAUUACUCUCGGAUCUGCAAGUGCAAAUUGAUACGUCACACUUUUUCUGGCUGGUUACGUACUUCCUGAAAUUCGCCACCCAGCUCGAGCUGGACCUGGAGCACAUCAACAGCGUCCUGUCGUUCGACAUCAUAAGCUACCUUACGUACGAGGGCGUGAUGCUAUGCGAACAGCUCGAGCAGCUCAGCCGAGCCACCGAGACGGACAUAAAGCCCUGUUUGCGAAGGAUUCAUUUGGUUGUAACAGCGAUAAGAGAAUUUCUGCAAGCGCUUGAUACGUACAAGAAGAGUACACACCUUACAAAGGAGGACAAAGAGAAGCUCAAGCUUCUACAGCUCCAGAUAAGCUGCACCGAGGAUUUGCGCUGCCUGUUUGUGCUGCUGCUCCGGUGCUACAACCCGAACAUCCAGAGCCGCCAGUACCUGCAGGACCUGAUAGUGACCAACCACACGCUGCUGCUCCUGCUCGACGGUGUCCGGGAACUGACCGCCGAUGGCAACCCGGGCGAUAUGCUGGGCCACAUCAAACAGUUUGCGACGGUGGAGAUUAUGCACCAGUACGGUUUGCUGCUGGAGGAUUUCCGCGAGAACGGUGCGUUCGUGAACGAUUGCAUCUUCACGAUGAUGCAUCACGUCGGGGGCGAUUUGGGCCACAUCAAUGUGCUGUUUCAGCCAAGCAUACUGAAGACGUACUCGCAGAUCUGGGAGACGGAGUACGAGCUGUGUGAUGACUGGUCGGAUUUGAUCGAGUACGUCAUCCACAAGUUCAUCAACACGCCCCAGCCGGCCCCGUUGACGCUGUCCACCACGCUGCCAGACAUCGGAACGCAGCUACUGUCGGGCAAUCUGCUUGUCACCUGGACGCAGGAGGAAAAGGAUUCCCUACACUGGUACUACGUGCAGUGUCGGCAGAGCAAAUGUGUCGUAGCGGACAUCUUGAAGCUAUUCCAGGAAAAUGGCAAUCAACAGAAGACGCGCCUGUCCAUCAUCGAGCAGCUGCUGGAGCAGAACAUAGUGACGCUCGUGCAGUACGACGAUCUGAUGAAGGUGGAAAAUCCAGACUACGAACGGAACGUUCAAACGCCCGCCCUGUCAGUCGCUUCGGCCGAUUCGCCUAAACCGGAGGAUGGAGACUCGAAGUCAUCGUCCAAGGCGGUGGACGACAUCCAGGUGUUGCGCGACCGGUUGCAGAAGGAAAACCGGGGCAAGCUGAUUGCCUGGCUGCAGAAGAGCCUGCUGGACUGUUGCUUCGUCAAGCUGAAUCUGCUCAGUGGCAACAUCUACGUGACGGCGGGCAUUGGCGGUAGUACGGGCGUAGUCGUGAUGGAGCCCGUCUCGUACCAUUGCAUCUUGAAAAAGAAGUCCAUCCCGGUUGUGCCCUGGAACCAGGACCAGUUUGCGAUCCUUUCCUACCAGCCGUUCAUACUGCUGCUCCACAAGCUUGGCUUCCAUCUGCCGGCCGAUGCGAAAAAAAUGUUCGUCCGCAUACCGGAGUUCUGGACGGCGGACAUUCUGUACAACAUCGCGCUCAAGCUUGGUCCGCUCGAUAAAUCGAUUCUCAAGUUCGAUCUCAAGUACCUCAACAAGGUGCUUUCGAUGGAGAAACAAGCUAAGGCCGACCCUUGCCCGUCGAACGAUGCUCGGUUAGAGAACUUUGGAUUAUCAAGAUUCAGCCCUCAAAUCACAACUAACUGGCUCGAUGUAGUGAUGCGCAAUAAGGCAGUACAGAGCAAGCGCAACAAGCUGGAUCUGCCCGGCCCGUCGAAGGUGAUCGAUACGGCGAACGCCACCCAUCCGAGCGCAACCCUGAAGUCGGGCGGAAAACCGGCGGCACCAUCGAAAAUGCUGCACGACCUUUCGAUCAUCGUCGAGUCGAACGACGACGACGAUGACGAGCUGCCGGCGGACGAGGACGAUGGGCUGGACAGCACGGAGGUGCCGGUGCUGGAGGAGCACGAUGUCGUCAGUGCUUGUGAGACCGCUUCCGUCGCCUCGGAUUUGACACGCAUGUACGUGAGCGACGAAGACGACAAGCACGACAUUGUGCCACCGAUACUGUAAAAGCAGCAACCUGAAAAGAAGGGUCUAUAUCCAGCAAUCCCGCAACAACAAAAAAAAGGAAUUAUUUACCAAUCAAGUACACAACCACGCCAUGAAACCGUCUUCCCGUUUAUGUUACCGUAUCAUCAUUACCACGAACUAGUAAACGCUACGUAGCUAGUGAAAGUGGAACGAUUGAUUUCUACUGGCAUCUCUCUCUCUCUCAGCAAGUGUUCCGAGUUGAACGCGCACAGCAGCAAAAGUGUAUUAUUAAUUAAUUUGGUUCUUAGAACCUAUCCACCAUUCUCUUACUACGGCAAUUUCGAGAAAAAUCACACCAAAAGUUGUUAAAUCAAACACCCUACCCGCCCAUUUCUCUGUAUCCAUCGUAAGCCUUAAAGCAAAAGUCCGAAAGCAAAAUCUGACAGCAGCUAAUUAAUCCAGUACCACCAUAAAUCGCCUGCAAAUAGAGAGCUUCGAUGUUUUCAGUGUUUGUUCAAAGUUAGUAGCAGUAUGCAUAGCAGUACCCCUGUCCUACCCCAUUAGCUUGUCCAUAAUAUACCCACAGACACACACCGUUUCACACAACAAACUCUUAGAGUUGGAUGGAAUGUUUUCCAUUAAAUGUGCACACACUACUUCUGAUUGCUCCAUUAUUACGGAGAAGUACACAGUGCAAUAGCUGUAGAAAUUAUGCUACAACAUUAAAUAGAAACACACAAGAAGCUAGAACACAGAGAUGUAUCUAUUCUUAAUGUUGAUUAACUGUUGCUCUCCAUUGGCUGUAAAAAAAUGAAACAAUUAAACCGGGAAACAGAUGGAAGCUUCUUACGCCCCUCCCCGAUUGGAUGGAUGAGAGGAAUAAGAAUGGGGGGUUGAAAUCGUCCAACGAUUCCUCCCCAUCCCUACCAAACAGGGAACGAAUGUUAAAGUUUUACUGUGUAUCAUCACACACACACACACACCAACGAAAGGGCAUUGGAAAGGAUGGUUAAUAACGCAGAGGUUUAUACGGUUACCAUUAUUAAUUAUAUUAGUGCAUUAGUACACGUUAUUUCUUAGUAGCAACACAAUCGGAUUCGCGCAUUGUCACACUGUGGUGCACACUGCAUCAUUGACGUUUUAUGUCAGGCGUGUGGUGUGUGUUUUGUGCGUUGCCGCUGUCGUUUUCGUUCGGUUUCGGUUUUUUGGGAGGCAAGAGCAGGUGGAGGAAACCAGUACGAGAAAACAGAGAGGAAGGCACGAGACCGUCCGACGAAUUUCGGGCGGGCAGCUUACAAUUGACAUAAGAAAGACUGCGAAAGGAACCUGGAACCAAUCAAAGUGCUACUUUUGACGAAACUUUUGCAAACGGUACAAACGACGAAUCGAAUAAAACUAGCGCUACGCGCUACAUGUGAAGGUAAGGCAGCAGAGUAGGGCAUUUAUUUGUUAAAGGUUUUGGGAGGAAUGAAGGAAAAAAAAGGAAGAAAAGAGCAAAGAAAGCUUUUGGAAGGAACACGCAAAUGAGGCAAAUCAAACGAACGAACACAGCGGGCGAAUCGCAAAAUAAGAGCUUUUAAAUAUAUAUAUAAUGCACGUUUUGCAUGGACACACUCUCUCUUGCUGUGCCGUGCCGUGCAAUAAAUUCGUUUAUGUAUAACAGGUUAAAAUUGAAAGGAAUAAUAAAUGUAACUAUAUUUGUGGAAA